AUGCUGCAGAAAAUUCCUUUCGGGACAUUUAUCUUCUUCGGACUUCUGACGUUUGGAGGUGGAGCGUUCAUUUGGCCGUCCGUGCCUGAGACAAAGAGAUUGACACUGGAAGAAACGGACGUGCUGUUUGGCAGUAAAAGGAUUGCUGAAGCUGACGCCAGUCGCAUGGCAGACAUUAACAAAGAGAUCGGUCUCGAAGACCUCUUGCGGGGUAUUGGCAUGGGCAUGGGUCGAACCGACUCAGGCGGCGAAGUAUCAAGCUUCGACGAGGAUGAGAAGGAAGCAAGGAAACUGACAGUGUGGGGUAGAUGGGAGGCCACAUUGCGAAGCUUUUGGAGAGAAAUCCAACAUGAUGAACGAAAAAGAAUCCACCAAAUGUUUCGAGGGAAAGCGUGGAUCUAA